AUGGUUCUCCCAGUUCUCAAAAAAGCCGCCCUCCUGGUGGCUGUAGCUGCCUCCAGCGUCAUCGCAGAGAAUCAUUUCCCCGACUCAACAACCUGCGACGAAAAAUGCCAGAACACGACUUUCAACGCUGCCCAAUGGAUCUCGGAGCAGCAGUCUGAUCCAACCUUUGAAUUCUACAAGGCCCCCUCCAAGGUCUCAGCCGAUCUUGGCCCUGGUGUUGUUCUUGAGGCCGAGGAGGUCACGGAUCUCACCAACUAUCUCGUUCCCAGUGGCUUGACCAUGUCUAGAGUCAUCUACACCACCGAAGAUAUCAAUGGCAAAAUUGUUCCGGCUUCUGCCUAUGUUCUAUGGCCUUACAGCCCCUACUCUGCAAACCCCAACUUGAAGAAGCAGCCCAUGCCCAUGGUGGCCUGGGCCCACGGCACCACAGGCACCUUCAAACCGUGUGCGCCCAGCAGCUACCGAGCACUUCAAUAUCACUUUCAGGCUCCCUUUGCUUUAGCACUCCAAGGAAUUGCUGUUGUAGCUCCGGACUAUGCUGGUCUGGGCGUCUCUGAGCUGCCCAAUGGAGACACUAUCCCCCAUCCUUGGGUAGCCGCUCCGGCUCACGCCAAUGAUCUUGCCAAUGCUGUUACGGCAGCUCGAUCAGCAUUUUCUGACUUGUUGGACCCUAAGGGACCUUUUGUUGCGAUGGGACACUCUCAGGGUGGUGGCGCUGCUUGGGCAUUUGCUGAACGACAAGCCAAGAAGCCUCUCAAGGGCUAUCAAGGCACAGUAGCCAUCGCCCCAGUCACCAGGAUCCUUGAAGACCUCGCCUACUUCGAUGACAACGGCAUCGUAGCAGCCGUCACCUUCGGCCAAACUGCGCUCAUCGACUCCGUCAGCAAAAUUUACCCCGAGUACAACUACACCGGGCUGACCCCCAAGUCCUACGAUCGCUGGCACAACGUCCUUGCCAAGGUCGACGGCUGCUUUCCUCUCCUUCCUCUGGUCUUUGGUGAUCUUAAGCCAGAGGAGGUGGCUCAGCCAAAGUGGUACGAGGACGACAUCCCUAAGAAAUGGGCCAAGGCAGUCGAAGCUGGACGCAAGCAAUUCGCAGGACCGCUCCUUGUCCUGAACGGAGCUAAUGACAGCGUCGUCCGUCAAGAAGGUGUCAAAGCGGCCGUCGAUGACACCUGCAAUCUGAUCCAAAAGUCGAGACUCAAGGAUAGCAUCGAGCACGUCACCUAUAAUGCCAUGGAUCACUUCCCUGUUAUCCAGGCUAGUCAGAUGAAGUGGAUGGGAUGGAUCAAGGAUAGGCUUUCUGGCAAGACAGUUGAGAAGAGAGGCUGUACUUCAGAGGUUGUUCCGGGCCUGAGGACGGAGUCUACUGUUCAGACGUCGACCCCAAACUUCUUCCUGUCCUUUUUCGGUCAGGACGAAGCCUGGAAGUACGGCCUUUAA